AAGGCAUUAAUCGUGAGACGCGUGCGCACCGUCUUUCCGGAGCUGCGCUGUACGAUUUACGAGGCCCUUGCUCUUCUCCAGCCGUGACAGACUGCAGCUCAGCUAGCAUCGCAACCUGGUCCGUCUGAGGAGGAGAAACGCUCAGUUCCGAGUUUUCUGGAGACGCGAUGGCCGACGAGGUUGACAGACCGUACGCUGGUCAGGAGGGGGAGAUCAACGACAAACUUGUUCUCGACCUGGCAUGGGAGCGGCAGCAGAAGAAGACCUUCACUGCCUGGUGUAACUCUCACCUAAGGAAGCUGGGCAUCCAAAUAAAGGAACUGGACACCGAUUUCCGUGAUGGGCUGAAUCUCCUGAAACUCCUGGAGAUCAUCGCGGGAGAGAAGCUCCCGCCGGCAGAGAAGAGGGGGAAGAUGAGGGUCCACAAGAUCGCCAAUGUCGGGAAAGCUCUCAGCUUCAUCGCCAGCAAGGGAGUCAAACUGGCCGGGAUUGGAUCCGAGGAAAUUGUUGAUGGGAACUUGAAGAUGACUCUGGGUAUGAUUUGGACCAUCAUCCUCCGUUUUGCCAUCCAAGACAUCUCCGUGGAAGAACUGUCUGCCAAGGAAGGUCUCCUUCUGUGGUGCCAGAGAAAGACAGCUCCUUACAAGAACGUCAACGUCCACAACUUCCACAUGAGUUUCAAGGAUGGUCUGGCAUUCUGUGCCCUGAUCCACCGCCACCGUCCAGAACUGAUCGACUACGACAGCCUCAAGAAGGGUGAUGACAUGCACAACCUGAACCUUGCCUUUGAGGUGGCAGAGAAGCACCUGGACAUCCCCAAGAUGUUGGACGCCGAGGACCUUCACAAUACCCCCAAGCCGGACGAGCGAGCCGUCAUGACGUACGUGUCCUCAUACUACCACGCCUUCUCGUCCUCCGCCCGGGCAGAGCAGGCGGCCAAGAGGAUCGGGAAGGUUCUCAACGUCAACCAGGAGAACGAGAGAAUGAUGCAGGAAUAUGAGACUAUGGCCAGCGAUCUCCUGGAGUGGAUUCAGAGGACCAUGCCGUGGCUCAACGACCGCUCGCCUGAGAAGAACCUGACGGAGGCGCAGGAGAAGCUGGAGGAGUUCCGUCAGUACGGCACAGCCACCAAACCUCCGAAAUCAGACGAGAAGGCCAAACUGGAGGCUCACUUCCACACUCUCCAGACGAAGCUGAGGCUGAGCAGUCGCCCUGCCUACGUACCCUCCGAGGGGAAACUGGUGUCAAACAUCAGCGCGGCCUGGAAGACUCUGGAGGAGGCCGAGAAGGAGAAGGAGGAGUUCCUCAGGAGUGAACUGAGGAGGCUGCAGAGGCUGGAGCUGCUGGCUGCCAAGUUUGAUGCGAAGGCGUCAAAGGUGGAGUUGUGGGCAGCCGGGAAAGACGAAGCUCUGGUUGUCACCGAAGACAUCGACAGCAGCAACCUCGCUGAGAUCAUGGCACUGGACAAGAUCCACGAGACGUUCCAGAGUGACAUUGAUGCCGAGAAUAACCGGAUUGCACAGCUGGAGGCCCUCGCCCAGGAGCUCUCUGACUACCAGUAUUACCAUGCCGACGACGUCAACGCCAGGAUGCAGAGCCUCAAGGAGACGGUGGCACAUCUCGGAGAACUGACCAUCGCCCGGGCAGAGAGGAUCAAGGAGGCCAUUGUGAAACAGCAGCAGCUGGAUGCUCUCAGGCUCAACUUUGCCAAGAAAGGCGCCGCAUUCAACAACUGGAUGGACAACACCAUGGACGAUCUCCAGGAGACAUUUGUCUGCUCCUCCAUCGAGGAAGUGGAGCAGCUGCAGGCUGAGCUGGAGGAGUUCAAGGCCGGCCCUCUCCAGGAGGCCAGCGCCAACUACGACGAGUUGAACGGUUUCGUCACCGCCAUGGCUGAACUGGGCUCCACUGAUAACCCCUACACCACUCUCACCCCCACCCUGGUGUACGACAAGUGGUGCAAGGUGCUCGACACAGUUCCAGAGAGAGAGCAGAAACUUGCCGAUGAGAUGGAAAGACAACAGGCCAAUGAAGAGCUGCGUGUGGCGUUUGCAGAGAAGGCCAACUCUCUUGCCGAGUACAUCUCACAGAGGCAGGGCGAACUGGCAGAGCAGAGCAUGAAGGCUCUGGGGACUAUGGAGGACCAACUGCAGGCUCUUGUGGCGUUCGAGGCGGAGACGCUGACUCACCAGCCGGAGAUGGACAGUGCAGAGGAGAUCCACAGGCAGACCCAGGCUGCCCUCAUCUUUGACAACAAACACUCCAAGUUUAGCAUGGAGGGACUCCGUGCCAACUGGACUGGACUGCUGCUGGCCGUCCAACGGGCAAAGAACGAGACUGAGAACCAGAUCCUAAUCCGAGACUCCAAGGGACUCUCCGAGGACCAGAUCAAGGAAUACCGCCAGUCCUUCGACCACUUCGACAGGGACCACUCUGGACAACUGGACAAGAACGAGUACAGAGCCUGUCUCCUCAGUCUGGGGUACAAACUGGGCUCUGAUCCUGUGAGUAAACCCCUGUAAUUUCUACAGUCUUCUGCCCGUAGUGGUCACAAGUUGGCCACUGAUUAAACACCACCAGCUCACCAAAAAGCUGUGUGAGAAUAGGAAAAGGAGUGAGCGCCUUUAAGACAGAACACAGCAUAUUAGUAUACAGUGAGACAUGUCCUAUAUACGUGUGUAAGCUGAUGCACAGUGGUAGGAGUAAGUACAGUUCUCUCUGAUAGUAGUAACCCUAUAGAUAGUGGGGAUUAGAGUUCCGCCACACUCUCCCUCUUCUCCAGACCAACGACCCAGAGUUUGACACGCUGUGGGCGGAGAUUGACCCCAACGAGACGGGCUACGUGACCUUUGAGGCCUUCCUCGACUUCAUGUCCAGGAGAAUGGUGGAUCAGGACACCGCAGAUCAGGUCCUCGAGUCCUUCAAGAUCCUUGCCGGAGAUAAGCCGUACAUCACAGGCGACGAGCUGCGCCGAGAGCUGCCCCCGGAGCAGGCAGAGUACUGUAUUUCCCGCAUGGCUCCCUAUGAGGGAGACGGAGCGCCCGAAGGAGCCCUGGACUACACGUCCUUCUCCUCCGCUCUCUACGGACAGAGCGAGCUGUGAAGGCCGGCGGCUGGCACUGCGUGUGUGGGGCAAAUCGAACACUGCCUUAGAACUGUUGUAGCUCUUAGCUCUACACGUUUGCCUUUUUUACAUUACGUACGUUGUUGAAUUGACUGUGCAUGCGUGUGUAUUUCUUUUCCCUGCUAUAAUAGGCUGAUCAAAUUAUAAUUUUGCAAACUUUACGAAUCAGAUGUAUAUACUGUUAGAGCUGACAUGUACAUAAACACACACACCCAC